CCCCCCACACUCGCCCAUCAAGGCAAAGGGAACAAGGCCGCUCGCCCUCGCCAGCUCGGAAUUUGCUGCAAUUUCAGUGUUUUCGCCUUGCUACAGGUAUUAGCACUACAGGCCCACUUCCUCUUACGGCAACCCAUUCCUUUCCCUGACUUUGUCGAGUCUGUAAUGGCUGCCGGUGCGCCUUACCCAACGGGAAAAGUACCCGGCCAUGGUGCUGAGGUUGAAAAGUACCUUCAAAAGUGUCUGAAGGAGCGCAUCAUGUUUAUCGAUGGUGCCAUGGGCACUAUGAUCCAGCGCUACAAAUUCACUGAGGAAGAUUUCAGAGGAGAUCGGUUCAAGGACCACCCCAAGGACUUCUUGAAAGGAAACAACGAUAUGCUGUCUCUUACGCAGCCGAAAGCGAUUUACGACAUCCACUGUCAAUAUCUAGAAUCUGGGUCUGAUCUAAUUGAAACAAACACGUUCUCUUCAACGACAAUCGCCCAAGCCGAUUAUCUCAUGCAAGACUUGGCAUACGAGCUGAACAAGGUUUCGGCCGAACUGGCAAAGAAGGCGUGCGAAGAGUACACGAAGCGAGACCCAUCAAAACCCCGUUUCGUUGCUGGGGCUAUUGGACCUACUAAUCAGACUUUAUCAAUCUCUCCUUCGGUUGAAAAUCCUUCCUAUCGUGCAACGAACUUUGACGCUAUGGUGACCGCCUAUGCAGAACAGGUCCGGGGUCUCCUAGACGGUGGAAGCGAUUGUCUUCUAGUGGAAACCAUCUUCGACACUCUCAACGCUAAAGCCGCUCUGUAUGCCAUCGAUUUGAUUUUUGAUGAGGAGGGUUAUGACCGAUGUCCUGUUUUGAUCUCUGGUACCAUUGUUGACCAGUCCGGGCGAACAUUGUCAGGUCAAACCGGAGAGGCUUUUAUCGCGUCUGUCAGCCACUGCAACCCUCUUGCGAUUGGAUUAAACUGUGCUUUGGGUGCCGACCAAAUGCUGCCAUUUCUGCAGAACAUCUCAAAGAACAAUCCGACUUUCAUUAUAUGCUACCCGAAUGCAGGAUUGCCAAAUACAUUCGGUGAAUAUGACCAAUCGCCAGAAGACAUGGCUGAACAGGUCCGACCUUUCGCAGAGCUCGGGCUGUUGAACAUUGUCGGAGGAUGUUGCGGUACGACCCCGGCGCACAUAAAAGCGAUUGCUGACAUGUGUAAGGGCUACAAACCUCGUGUCCCGCCGGUCAUGGAUCCAGAUACGCUCAUUGUUUCCGGGCUGGAGACGCUGAAGAUUAAUAAAGCCACUGGAUUCGUAAACAUUGGAGAACGGUGUAAUGUAUCCGGUUCCCGGAUUUUUGCGAAAAAAAUCCUCAACGGCGCGUAUGAGGAGGCGUUGGCCAUUGGACGUGCCCAAGUGGAGAGUGGUGCACAGGUCAUCGAUGUUAACAUGGACGAGGGUUUACUGGAUGGCAAGGCUGCGAUGACGAAGUUUUUGAAUUAUAUUGCUUCCGAACCUGACAUCGCCAAAGUUCCUCUCAUGGUGGACUCUUCCAACUUUGAAGUGGUUUUGGCUGGUUUGAAGUGCGCACAGGGGAAAUGUAUAGUCAACUCUAUCAGCUUGAAGGAGGGUGAAGCAGAUUUCAUCAAGAAAGCCAAGAUUGUGAAGCGAUUCGGUGCCGCAGUCGUAGUGAUGGCUUUCGAUGAAGAAGGACAAGCCGUGGACACGCAGCGAAAGUACGACAUAUGCGCGCGAUCAUAUAAAAUCUUAACGGAGGUAGUUGGGUUCAAGGGUUGCGAGAUCAUCUUUGACCCAAACAUCUUGACCAUUGCAACGGGCCUCGAAGAGCACAACAACUAUGCCGUAGAGUUUAUUAACGUAUGUCGAAUUAUUAAAGCCGAGCUUCCCGGUGCUAAGAUCAGCGGUGGUGUAUCCAAUCUUUCCUUCUCCUUCCGUGGCAAAGAAGUCCUUCGUCAAGCUAUGCAUAGUGUGUUUUUGUACCAUGCGAUCAAAGCAGGGAUGGACAUGGGUAUUGUGAAUGCUGGUUUCUUAACGAUUUAUGAUGACAUUCCGAAGGAUUUGCUGGAGAUUUGCGAGAAUGCCAUCUGGAACCGCGACCCCGAAGUGACAGAAAAACUUCUAGCGUACGCUGAAACCCAUGGCAAGGAUGCGGUAAAAGGCGGCGAACAGACAGAGGCUUGGCGUAAUGAAAAUGUGGAGGGGAGGCUCAAGUACGCGCUCGUCAAAGGCAUAACAAAAUUCAUCGUGGAAGACACCGAGGAGGCUAGAUUGGACAAAGUGAAGUAUCCUCGGCCACUGAACGUCAUCGAGGGCCCUCUAAUGGCCGGCAUGUCGGUGGUUGGAGAGCUCUUCGGCGCUGGAAAGAUGUUCUUACCCCAGGUCAUCAAGAGUGCUCGUGUUAUGAAGAGUGCCGUAGCACAUUUGAUUCCAUUCAUGGAGGAGGAACGGUUAGCCAACCUUGCUGCCUCUGGCAUUGAUGCCGAAGACCCGAACGCGGCCUAUAAUGGAACCGUUGUGCUCGCAACGGUGAAAGGAGACGUACACGACAUUGGAAAGAACAUUGUGGGUGUUGUGCUGGGAUGCAACAAUUACAAGAUCAUCGACUUGGGAGUCAUGACACCCUGUGAGAAAAUUUUGGAGGCGGCGGCCAAAGAGAAGGCUGAUGUCAUCGGUCUUUCCGGCUUGAUCACCCCGAGUUUGGAUGAAAUGGUAUAUGUUGCACGGGAAAUGGAACGCAAGGGCUUGAAGAUUCCCCUACUUAUUGGUGGCGCAACAACCUCAAAGAUGCACACUGCUGUGAAAAUCGCACCACGCUACUCGAACCCGGCUGUCCAUGUGUUGGAUGCGUCAAAAUCCGUCGUCGUCGUCUCCUCCCUUCUCGAUGAUAAUGCCCGAGAAGAUUUUGUAGAGGACAUCGUCGAUGAGUACGAAGACCUUCGGGCGGAGCAUUAUGAUUCUCUGAGAGACCGUCGUUACUUGACGUUGAACGAUGCUAUUGCCAAGAAGGCGCAAAUCGAUUGGAAGGCGGAAACUAUUCCUUGCAAGCCGAAGUUCUAUGGUACCAAGACGCUGAAUGACUACGACCUUCGCAAAUUGGUAGCAUAUAUCGACUGGAAUCCCUUUUUCCAGACGUGGCAGCUCAGGGGAAAGUACCCUAACCGAGGGUUUCCCAAAAUCUUCAAUGACGAUACCGUUGGUGAGGAAGCGAAGAAGCUCUACGAAGAUGCGAAGGACAUGCUAGAGACCAUCAUCAACGAGAAGAUUCUCAAGGCAACCGCUAUUAUCGGAUUCUGGCCCGCGAAUGCUGUGGGGGAAGAUAUUGAGCUGUAUGCGGACGAAAACAACCGAGAAGAACCCGUUGCUAAGUUCUAUGGGCUCCGGCAGCAAGCCGAAAAAGACUCGGAAUCUGAUGAGCCUUAUUAUUCGCUUGCUGACUUUGUCGCUCCAAAAGACACGGGUCUACUCGACCACGUGGGAGCCUUUGCAGUGUCUUGCGGAUUUGGCGUGGACGAAAAAUGUGUCGAAUUUGAGAAACAGCAUGACGAUUACAGUAUCAUCAUGCUGAAAGCUUUGGCAGAUCGACUGACGGAAGCUUUGGCAGAACUUGUGCAUGAGGAUGUGCGAAAGAACUAUUGGGGAUACGUUCCAAACGAAGAGCUGACGCCUGAGGAGAUGCUGCAAGUCAAGUACCAAGGUAUUCGGCCAGCUCCUGGUUAUCCAAGCCAACCGGAUCACACCGAGAAAGAGACUAUGUGGAAGUUGAUGGGCAUUGAGAAGGAAACUGGAAUUGGGUUGACCGAGUCUUUGGCGAUGACACCCGCGGCGUCCGUCUCUGGUGUCUACUUUGGGCACAAGGAUUCCACAUAUUUUGCUGUAGGCAAAAUUAACAAGGACCAGAUUGAGGAUUAUGCGGGGCGGAAGAGCAUGAAGGUUGAUGUAGUUGAGCGAUGGUUGUCGUCUAACCUGUGUUACGAUAUCGAAUAAAACAGGGAAUUAAGGAGCAGAGGUGUUAUAGGAGUCAGAUAGGGACUGGUAGAGCAGGUAGACGGGGCUUUUGGCUGUUGUAAUAUAGAUUGCAGCUUGACGCAUGUAUAUUAAUCCAACGUGAUAUCGUUCUCUUUUUUUUGGACGGAAUGAUAUAAGAUUUUUACAUUGUGAUA